AUGGCGACGGCGCCGCUCAUCCCUGGCCUGGAAGAUGAUGCUGUGUACCAGUGCCUCCUGCGAGUGUCGCUCUCAUCGCAUGGGCAGAGCCGAGCGUGGAGGAAUCUCGUCUUCAGCACCAAGUUCUACGAUGAUCGCUCUAACUUCUUGGGAGAUGGGAUUCCACUGGGAAAUCAUGUAGGGCUGAUCCUUGUUUCUUGUGGAAUGGACAAAAUUCAUGAGGAAUUGGAGCAGGAGCAGCAGGAUGCAACAACCAGAGAUGGGACUGUGGAUUGGUUUGGGAAGCCUGCAGCCAAGGGCUCAACAGGAACUCAAACAUUUGCUUCUGUUGGCUUCUGCGGUGUUUGGACUAACUUAGUUCUCUAUCUCAGUAGAGUACUACAUGAGCGUAAUUCAGAAGCAGCUAAUGCCGUUACUAACUGGGUUGGGACUUCCUACCUCAGCUCCUUACUGGGUGGAUUCCUUGCUGAUGCUUACUGGGGAAAAUAUCGUACAAAUCUCAUAUUUCUUACCAUCUACCUUCUGGGAAUGGUGGUACUUACACUCACCGUAACUCUGCCCUCACUAAAACCUUCACCUUGCAAAAUGAACGUGUCAACAUGCUCCGUUAGCACACUGGAACAGAAAGCGCUACUGUAUCUUGGACUUUACACAGUAGCUGUAGGUUAUGGAGGAUAUCAGCCUUGCAUCUCAUCAUUCGGAGGUGAUCAAUUUGAUAAGGAGGAUCCUCUUGAACAAAAGCAGGCCGCCACCUUCUUCAGCUGGUAUUACAUGUCCAUGAUGGUUGGAGCAAUUAUUUCAGCUACGCUUAUUGUCUAUGUUGAAGACAGUGUGAGCUGGAGCUGUGGGUUCGCUAUAUCUACAGCUGCUGCAGCAGCAUCGAUUAUAAUCUUCUUGAUUGGCACUCGACUAUAUCGGCAUCAAAAAACAGGUGGUAAUCCUUUAACCAGAGUAGUCAAGGUCUUCACUGCAGCCGCUUUCAAACUGUAUGUAGAAGUUCCCUCAGACAGCUCUCAGCUUUAUGAGGUUGACUCUGCUGUUUCCGCUAUUCAAGGAAGUCGUAAGAUCCAGCAUACUCCCAAUUUCAGAUUUCUUGAUAAGGCAGCAGUGAAACUCGAUACUCACGAUGAUAUUAACAUUUCAUGGCGGCUUUGCACAGUCACACAAGUUGAAGAGGUGAAAUCUAUGAUGCGACUCCUCCCUAUUUGGUCAACAACGAUCAUAUUCUCAACAUUGUACACACAAGUGAGCACUCUGUUUGUCGAGCAAGGUGCUGGUAUGAACACGCUGGUAGGCAACUUCAAAAUACCACCAGGAUCUUUGUCAACAUUUUGCACGCUAAGUGUCAUCAUAUGCAGUCCUGCAUAUGAGUGGCUUCUAGUUCCAGCAGCCCGUAAGUUAACAGGCAAAGAGCGCGGAAUUACCAACCUGCAACGAAUGGGAACCGGCAAGGUAGUUGUAACAACUGCAAUGGUCUGUGCCGCUGUUGUGGAGAUCUUCAGGUUGAAGUCCGUGGCAAGAACAAAUUCAGCUCCUCUUCUGAGCGUCUUCUGGCAGCUACCACAAUACUUUCUGGUCGGCCUGUCUGAGGUGUUUGCCUACAUUGGGCAGCUGGAUUUCUUUUACGAGCAGUCACCUGAUGCCAUGAGGGGCGUAGGACUGGCUUUGUCCCAGUGCUCAUUUGCCUUGGGGAAUUAUCUGAGCAGUUUGCAGGUGGUGCUAGUUACGAAAGUCACAGGUUGGCUCCCCGAUGAUCUUAACCGCGGUAACCUUGACUACUACUUCUGGUUUCUAACAAUACUCAGCUUUGUCAACCUGGCGUUCUAUCUGUUCUGCUCUCUGCGCUACAAACCCAUUCAAAUCAACCACGACGAUUCAGUUUCAUUGAGGGCGAGUUAUGCUCAGCUUGAUCUUGACCUGGAGGAUAUGAUUGUUGAAAGGUAUGCCUCGGAUGAUUUAAAUUUGAUUGAGCAUUUUCUACAGAAAAUCGAAUCCACAAAACACCUCUGA